AUGACUUCACGAGAUGGGUAUCAGUGGACUGCAACGACAGGUCUACGCCAAGGGGUACCAUCGAUAAGUGUUAUAUCACCACCCACGAACGUUCGGUCAGCAACAGAGGAUUGGGACGUAAUUGUUGUCGGGGCAGGAUAUUCGGGCCUCACAGCAUCUCGAGAUGCUUGUCUGGCCGGACUCAAGGUACUUCUCAUCGAGGCGCGCGAUCGUAUUGGCGGUCGCUCCUGGUCGUCCAAUAUUGGCGGGUAUCCCUUUGAAAUGGGAGGGACUUGGCUAAGCUGGGGGCAACCUCAUAUUUGGCGAGAGGUCUCUCGGUACCAGAUGAGAAACGAGUUGGAACCGUCCUUUGAUUUCUCUCGGGGGGUGAAUCACUUUGAACUGCGCACUAGCAGCCAAGGCUCAUCAAUCUUUAGCCAUGUAGAAGAGGUUUGUGCAUCCCCCCAUGAGAACUAUUCUGCAUUAAGACCCUCCAUUGACCCUCCGAAGGAUGCCCUUCUCGCCGGCGCACUGCAGAAAUUUGUUGAUGUAGACGGUGCGAUGGGCCGAGAUAUCAUUCCCUAUCCGCACGACGCAUUCCACAACCCUGCGGCCCGGCAAUAUGAUGACAUGUCGGCGCUGGAUCGUCUCAAUCGGCUGGCUCAAUCACUUACACCAGAUGAGCGCGCGGUAUUAGAAAGCUUCAUUCUGCUCUGCAGCUGUGGGACUCUGGAAACUACAAGCUUCUUUGAAUUCCUUCAUUGGUGGGCUUUAUGCGACUACUCCUAUAAGGGGUGUUUGCAGCAUCUAAUUUCAUACAAAUUCAAGGGUGGACAAUCCAGCUUCGCUAUCAAAUUCUUUCGCGAGGCAUUGGCGACAGGCCGGCUAUCAUACACCUUCAACAGCCCAGUUCAGGCGAUCAAUGACCACGGUGACAGGGUUGUGUUAAAAACUCGCGAUGGUCGUCAGUAUAGUGGCGCCCGUCUGAUCUCCACCAUUCCGUUGAACGUGCUCAGCUCCGUCAUGUUUUCGCCUCCACUGAGUGCACAACGCACAGCUGCCGCAAGUAUCGGUCAUGUUAACCAAUGCGUCAAGGUCCAUGCAGAGGUUGCCAGUCCCAACAUGCGGUCCUGGUCCGGAAUUUCGUACCCUUUUAACAAACUUGCCUACGCGAUCGGCGAUGGUACUACGCCUGCGGGAAACACACACAUUGUGUGCUUCGGGGGUGCACAUAACCACAUCCAGCCCGAAGAAGAUAUUAACGAGACCAAAAAGGCGGUGGAGAACAUGUCUCCUGGGAACAUGGAUAUCAAGCGAUUGGUGUUUCACAACUGGUGCAAGGAUGAAUUUGCCAAGGGUGCAUGGUUCUUUGCGCCGCCUCAGCUUCUGUCCAAGUCAUUGGACGAACUCAGGUGUCGGCAUGGAAACGUGCUCUUUGCGAACUCUGACUGGGCUGUGGGCUGGCGCAGCUUCAUUGACGGCGCCAUUGAGGAGGGCACUCGGGCAGCGAUGACGGUGAUUGAGGAGCUCCGCCGACCCCCUGGCGCUCGUUCUCAUUUAUAG